ACCAGGACUUAAGCCUCAGGUCGCAGAACACAGCAAGAGACAACUAUGACUGGGAACCACUGUGCCAUGUAACACAGCACCCAGAGCCAAUGGUCGCUGGGCCACUGCUUCAUGCCAGUGACUAAAGGAGUAGUAAGAAGCUGAGGACAGGUCUCCUGCAAGGAUGAGAUCCAAAUUAGGAGACACUCUGGCAAUAGAGAAUCACAAAGAUCAUGCUGUCUUCCUCGUCUAUUAUCUGUCACAUGAUGGGGAAGGAAAGGAGAGACCAACCCGGCAGAGAGAAGGCAAUGGGUGAUUUCCCCCAUAUAUUGAAGAGAGGGGGGUUGACUAAGUUCCAAUUGUGUGGGCUCAGAAACAGCAAGAAUGAAGCAGGACUUUCUGAAAACUUUUCAAAGCACUCAGCCUAGGCCCACAGAGCCUCUCUUUACUUUGACAAAGGACAAUCUUGGAAGCAAUUAUUUGGGGACAGUUCGUGUAGUACCUGCACAAUCCACAGAGGCAAAAUGAAGCACUUCCUGAGGAUUCCUUCAAGCAAGAACUGACUCUCACUAGCACAUUCAUUGAAAUUGUUCAAAAUAAGCCACUUUUCUCUCCUUAUUCCAAAAGAAGACGCCAGACUCACAAAUUUAAGAUGAUGGAAUAGGUUUGCACUUCAGAGUUCUGUUGGAAGGGUGGUAUCUUUUGUUUUUCACAGAAUGUUCAUCCAGGUGUGCCUGUAUUUUUACUGUAAAUUUUUGUGGCGCUGCUUGAAAUUCGUAAUGAGAAAACUGACAGGAAGAUGUGAACUACAACGCAUCUGCUACAACACCAAGCCAGGAGCAUCCAGAACCAUGAAAAUCGAAACAUCAUUGAGGGAUUCAAAGAGUAAGCUGCUGCAGACUUCAGUGAGCGUUCACCCUGAUGCCAUUGAGAAAACAAUCGAAGACAUCAUGGAACUGAAAAAUAUUAACCCUGACGUAAAUCCACAGUUGGGAAUCUCUCUUCAGGCUUGCCUCCUGCAAAUCGUAGGCUACAGAAACCUUAUUGCAGACGUGGAAAAGCUGCGCAGAGAGCCCUACGAUUCUGAGAACCCCCAACAUGAGGAAAUGCUCUUGAAGUUAUGGAAAUUCUUAAAGCCCAAUACCCCCCUGGAAGCUCGGAUUUCUAAGCAAUGGUGUGAAAUUGGUUUCCAAGGAGAUGAUCCUAAAACAGAUUUUCGAGGAAUGGGACUUCUGGGACUCUAUAAUUUGCAGUAUUUUGCAGAAAGAGAUACCACGGCAGCUCAGCAGGUCCUCUCUGACUCUCUUCAUCCAAAAUGCAGCAAGUUCAGCAAAGCAGAAUGGGAGAAGAAAAGGAUGGAUAAAGCAAUUGGGUACUCAUUUGCAAUUGUGGGCAUCAAUAUCACUGACCUGGCAUAUAAUCUACUGGUGAGCGGAGCUCUAAAAACACACUUCUACAACAUUGCCCCAGAAGCUCCAACCUUGUCUCACUUCCAGCAAACAUUCUGCUACUUGAUGCACGAAUUUCACAAGUUUUGGAUUGAAGAGGACCCCAUGGACAUAAUGGAAUUUAACCGAGUGCGGGAGAAGUUCCGUAAGAGGAUCCUAAAACAGCUACAAAACCCAGACAUGGCGCUGUGUCCACACUUUGCUGCCUCUGAAGGUUUAAUCAACAUGUAGUCACACACACACACACACACACACACACACACACACACGCUGGUUUUAAUGACUACCCUGGAAUCCAGUUCAUUGUCAUGUUAGCUCUUACUUAAACCCCAGUUCACACACUGAAUGCACGCAGUGGUUAUAUGCAUGCCUUUUGGUACAGUGUUUUCACCUCUUGAUCAUACUUCUGAGAUUCCCCAGAUACACUAUUUCUGGAGUAGGCGUCCUCCAGCGGCUGCUCACAUUGUGGCAUUCUACAGUGUUAUGUCUCGCCCUGACACCCAGGAAUGGAGAGAGUUUUCUAUUUUUUUUUAGAUUGUUUUUCUUCCUCCCUCUUAAUUCAAUAUUAUAGACUUCCUUCCCCUAGCUGUAUUUUGUAUGUAAGAGGUACUGUAGCCCCAAAUUUGUUCUGUGAAAGCUUUUUAAUUUCUUGAUGUGUGUCAUGACUACUGCUGCUAGCUUUUCAAGCCAGGUUCAUGCUUUGGACCACAUUCUGAUAAAA